UUGACAUAACUUUAACUUUAUACAUUAUAUAAACGAACGAUUCGUUCGAUUCAUUCGAUUCACAAAAUUAUCGAUCGUUCCUUCCGUCCUUAUGGCAAGUUUUCACACAAACAUGGUGUUUAGCAGUCGUGAAAACUUAACGGAGUGGGUGCAAGAAACGUCACGGUCUCUUGGAUACGUGGUUGUUAUUAAAAGAACAAAGACAAAAGGACAUGGAUAUGGAUAUAUUUCAAAAAUUAUAUUUAAGUGUGAUCGGGGUGGUGUAUCAAGAGGUCCGGAGACGUCCACCAAAAAUACAGGGUCUAGAAAAACAAAUUGUCCAUUCGAAAUUUUUGCUUGUUUAUAA